UGCUCAGUGAGCCUUUACGUACAGACGCGUUGACUCCAUUUUGUUUUGUUUUUUUUUUGUGUUUUUAUUUAUAAUUUGUAGUUACGCCAGUGCCAAAUGUGGAAAUAAGUUUUUAUUUUUAAAUAUUAUAUUUUUUUUGUGGUUUGAAUGUGAAUAUUAUACAAAAUGCCGCAAGAAAAUCAUCAUCUCAUAUUCGUCGCAACAAUUCUCCUUCUCAUAUCACAACUAGCAUUAUCAGCUACCAAAGCGAACGCUAGACCUGUAUAUGAAGUAGUCAACGAACAAGCUAGGAUAGAUGACAAACCAAAAUUUACAAAUAAUCCUGGAAUAUUACCGUAUGGUAACCCUUUAGCUGGCAACUCACAACAAAAUGCAAGAUUACACGCGAGUAAUCAACAAGCUAUGUUUAAUGCUGAAAGGGUCAGACAACACAAAGCUCAACUGCAAAGAUGGAUGAAAGGUCCACAAAUCAUCGAUAGCUACAUGAAAGCGUAUCACGAGUCACAGGAAAACCAUCAAUUAGAAUUAGAAGAACAGCAGGCAACGUUAAAAAAUACUCCGGUCACUCAACCCACCCCUCGAGGUCGUCCAUUGAGACAGAGAGGACAAAAUAAGCGAGUCAGGAACCACAGAUCUUACGGUUCUGCUGAUUAUCGUCAAUAUGUGGAGCCAAAGAGAUAUCAGUUUGUAUAUGUAACACCUGGUGUAUCUUACGGUCAAGGUGUAAAUAUCAAACCUGAUGGAAAUGUCGGAUUCAAUCAUCUUGAAACGAAAGAAUCAAGUAAGUUAUACACACAAGCUAUCCCUAGUGAAGCACCACAAACUUAUGCCAAACAAUACAGUUUACAAAAAUUUAAUUCAGUCCAAGAAAUAGAAGCGCUUAAUUCACUUUUGUCAAAGAAUCCUACAGAACAGCUAACAAAAUUCAACGCUCUAAUAGGAUCUGAUAACAAUAACGAAGAAAUCAAUAAAGAAACUCCAGUAGAUUUUUAUUUCUAUUUAAAAGAUUCAGCUCAGGCAGCCCCGCAAAAUAUAGAUCCUACAAAAUACACCAGUGUAUACAUACCUAGCACACUAAACCAAGACUACAAACCUAUAACAGAAGAAAUAGAUGACAUUGAAGAUCCCACUAAAAAUACCAAACCAAUAGCCUUUGCCCAGUCUGUACCUCCAGCAACAUCAACAUUUGAACCUGUUACCACACAAAAGAAUAACUAUUACAAAGAAGAAGUUGCAAGCCAGGUUGUAAGUGAUGACGCUACAGGUAGUCAUGUAAACUAUCUUAAAGAAAACGGUGCAGCGUACUUGAACUAUGCGUAUCAACCAUACUACAAAACAGAAACAGACGCUGAAACAACUGAGAGGUAUUUACACCACAACGCCCAACCUACUGGAGUCCAACAUUUAGCUGAAGAUGGCACAGAAACUUCAGCCUAUGGAGAAGAUGACGUAAGUAUAAAUUUCAAAGUAGCAAAUAAAAAACUAAAUAAAGUCCGCACUAAACGUUCCAAACUAGAAACCGAACCAUUUCUUUUGCCUAAUGAAAAAACGUCGGUAGAAUCAACGACCACAAAUAGUACACACGCGCCUACGUCCGCAGCCCUUAUAAGACGAAAUCCGUUUAAUAAGAACCGCGGAAGCGAUUUCAACGUUUUUCUAACGUCUGACUUUCCGAUCGGUGAAGCAACAGACUAUGGUGAUUACUAUGAGCCGAUAAAAGUAAGGAAACCUAGUAAAAGUUAUGAAUCGUUUUAUGAGGAAGAUGAUUAUGAUAAUUAUGACGACUUUAAUUCGGAGGAUUACGAUUUUGGGCCGUCGAAUUUAAAUUCUUAUCAAACUUAUGCUCCAUCGUCUAGCUACCAGAAAGGUUUCACACAUAACUUUAAACAUUUCCGCCGACGUCCAAGUUUGUCUAGUUUUGCGCGAGUUCACAGUUCCCCGCCCGCUACAUCUUACGGUGUACCAUUUUACGAUUCGUCGCAUACUUUUAGUCCACCUCAAGCUUACUUCCCGCCAAAAAUUGAAUAUCCAACGGUUUCUAGUUUGGGAAGUUUCCAGACUGCCAUUGAACCCGUAUAUGUACUUACUCAAUCUCAGUUAAAAGAUCUGGUGGGACACAAUAACCUAAACAUAGAGCACUUAGAUGUUUAUCAAUUAUUAAAACAGAAUAAAGAUAAAAAAAUGUAUCAUCCAAGAAAAUACAGAAAAAGAAAUCCAUUCAGACACGUUAAACAUAACUUGGUGAAAUUACAAAAAUUUAACAUGUAAAUAUUAUUAAUAAUUGUAGUUAUUAAUUAUUUAUUUACAG